GGAACAAUUAAUAAUAAACAAAAAAAACAAAUUUUGAUGCAAAAAUAUUAAAAGGCGAAUUCGAGAAGAAAGCCAAAUAAAAAAGAAAGCUCUUCUCACUCUCUCAGCCUCUCGUCACCACUAACCAGAGACGAAGCUCCUCUAUAGAGAGAGAGAGAGAGAAUGGGUUUGAUAUCAUCAUCCAAAGAGACGAAGAACAAUAGCGGAAGAGGAAUGGGCUUUCUCUUAGUCUUCUUCCCUGACCACAGCGACGUCUCUCCUUCUUCUUCUUCUUCAUCAUCUCCGACGACAACACUCUUCCGCACCAGAUCUUCCCGCCUCCUCCUCUCCAAAGCCCAAUCCACAAUCUCAAUCUGCAUCCUCCUCCUUCUCCUCACCCUCUUCCUCUUCACUCUCUCCACCUUCGAACCUUCCUCCGCCGUUUCUCACCGUCGCUUCCUCCUCACUCGCGACGUCACCAGAAGUAGUCGAGGUGUUAUCAACAACCGCUAUGCUCUCCAGGGGAUGGGCACUCUGUUUCUCAGAGGAACCAGGAGCAUGCACGACCUGAUCGUCGCUCACGUCGCUUCCGAUGCGGCGGAGGAAGAUCUCCGCCUCUUCGUGCGGCUCCUCCACCGCUCCGGAGUCACUUCCCGAUCCGACGUCGUUUUGCUCUUCGAUUAUGCCAAGAGGUUCGACGGAUUGAUCCGAGAAGAGAACCACUCGUUCUUAAAACUCGUCGACGCGUACCGGAACUCGAAUCAAACCGACUCGGUUUGGGGAUUCAAUCUCUCCCGGUUUAUUAAAAACCAGUCCAAGAACGACACGUCGGAGCCUAUCUGGGGGAAGAAGACUCAUCGGACUAAUAACAACGACACCGAGUUGAUGAUGACGACUCACGGCUCGGUCGUGGGGUUCGACGUGGCCGAGUUAGACCCUGAAAACUCGCUAUCCGGGUUCAUGGACCACGUCCCCGUAUCCCUGAGGAGAUGGGCCUGUUACCCGAUGCUACUGGGCCGAGUCAGACGCAGCUUCAAGCACGUGAUGCUCGUCGACGCCAAGACCUCGCUCUUCCUCGGCGAUCCGUUCGCCCGGAUCCGUAACCGGAGCCCCGAGUCGGUCCUGUUCUUCUCUAACAAACACAAGAGAACGUCCGAGAUUGUUAUUAACCCGGCGGUUAUGAUCGGAGGAGCGAAAGGGAUCAGGAGGUUCUCGAGCGCGAUGCACACCGAGAUCGCGAGGGCGGCGAUGCAGCAGCGGAAGAAGAGGAGCUCGGUGGUGUCGGAAUCGGGGGUGCUGAGUCAACUCGUGGGGAAUGUUCAUAUGACGAAAGGGUUCGAAGUGGUGGGGCCGAGUGAGUCGAUAGCGGAAGCGAGUUCGCUCGCUGAGUUGAGGACGAGAAACUCGGCGGCUUCGUCGGUUAAGGAUCAUGAUAUUAUACAGCGCGGUAAUGUUAUGGCGGGGGUUAUUAUGAAACGUAUUUGUUCCUCCUCUCAGUUAGAUUCCUCUGUGUAUAGUUAUUGUUAGCAAUUGUUAUUUGUUAUAAUUAUUUUGGAAAUUAAAAAGGGUGGUGAAAAAAUACAAAACAAAAAUCAGAAAAAAAUGUUACGUUGUAUUUUAAUAGGUUUUUUUGUACACAUUUGACAUUUGUUAUUUUCCUAGAUUUUAUUUUGUAUCCUGGAUGUUUAUUUAUGUCCACGUUCUGUUGA